AUGGCCAUUAAGGUAGCGGAACUACAUAACCUGAAUGAACUGAAGAAUUCAAUCACCCUGUACAAUGAACUCUUUCAAAAUCAGGUUAUUUACGAUGACAAUAGCUACAUUAUUUUCGGCUUACUCGGCGACUGUCGCGCUGCUACUCGGCAGUCGCCGAGUCGCGUGUCGCGGAAUGCUGCUCAUGAAUAUGGGCCUCUAGCAUGGCUUGAAACUAGUCGAGAAUCUCGUGGUGGUAGGCGGACUACAACGCAGAGCAGUACAAAUGCAACGAGGGAUUCGCAACUGCUCUCCCUGCUCGCCGCGCGAAGGCGACAGCUUCUCAACGAAAGACUGGCGACGCAUAUCAAUGCACUAGCGUCAUUAGCACAUAAGGCUAACAAAACCAACACAACAUUCGCCCAGUUAGAAGUCCGAGACUCAAAUAACUCUAUAGUGAAGAGGAUAACGUUUGAGAAUUCGAGUAAUGAACCUCCGUCUACACUGAGGCUCAUAACCUCCGAUGGCUCGAAAGAAAUUCGACAAGACGUAAAACCGCACGAAAUAAGACAUUUGUUCGUACCUAGGGUGUACCAGGAUUCGAAAAGUAGAGCUGGUUUUAUGAAUAACAGAAGAAGAGAGGGAAUUAACAAGUCUGCCACGAUACCUGAACGUCUCGAAAUAACUGAAAGUAGCAUAGUAUAUGUCCCACCAGAAAAGUAUGAAAAUCUGGAUAAAGAUGUUGAGUUAGAUCCCGAAGAAGAAUUUCAAGUUGAUGAGUCAAAUCAUGGCUUGUAUCUUCUCAACUAUUCAGAUACAGAAAAUGUAACACAAAAUACGAACGUUAAUACAACCGUCAGCGAUGUUAAAAAUAAUGGUACUACGAUCGAAACUACAACACAAUCUAGCGACUCUUCUAAAGAUGAGACAUCUGAAAAACCUACCGAAAAAGUAUCUGAAGAAAAACCAGAAACUAACGUUAUUGCCAACAGCACGGAUAAUAAAAAUACUAAGUUAAUAAAAGUCGAGAAUGAAAAAGAAAAUCUCACACGGUUUAUGACCGACGAAAUUUAUAACCAUUUUAGACCACUUGAAACAGAGUUACCCGUAGAAGAAAUGGCCCCUUUCAAAUAUUUUGGACAAAAACUAGGCGGGCCGGCUAUAAAUGACAAUCUUACUAAUUCGCCAACACUGUCAGCAUCCACAAAAUCAGUAAAUUUUAUUGUAGCACCCAUAGAGAAAAGAAAGUUCAAUUCUAGAUAUUCAGCUACAGAAAAAUAUAAGAACACUAGCGUAGAUGAAGAAGAAAUAAAUGAAGAUAUGGAUGUAUCAGUUGUCAAAAAUGUUAUAGAGAAAAAUAAAAUAAGAAAUACAGUCAAAGGGCCAGCUCCAGCACGUCACGUUGGUUUAGUUAAUGCUUACAGAAAAUUUUCAACUACCGUUCCACCAACUACAAAAUCUCCUAAUAUUGCUCAGCUUAAUGUUACAGAGCCCAUAGUUCAACAUUUUACGCCUAGUAUUAUAGAUAAAAACAAAGACAGUAAUAAGACAAACAGUACUAUAACCAAUAAAGACACAACAUCAAAAGUCAAUAUUACUAAUACAACAAAAGAAAAUCCAUCCAAUAAAACUGUGGUGACUCCUACUUCACCGAGAAACUUUACCAGAAAUUAUUCUAAUAUUAGACGACGUCCACUAAGGGUAACUCCAGCUAGCACUGAAAUAACUCCAGUCCUAAGUACAGUGGUAAUCAAUGCAACUACUACUGAAAAGGCAUCCACGUCCGUUUACACAGCUGUAGUUACAUCAGUAUCAAUUACUUCUUCUAUGAAAGGGCAGAAUAAAACAGAUGGAGCUAUGAAAGAAGAAGACAAUACUACGGUAUCGGAUAUCUCAGAAGCUAAUAAUGGCACUAUACCCAAAGCUAUUACUAUAAACGAAACCGAAAUUACCACAACAAUGCCUUCAACUUUUAGACCUAAACAUAUAAUCCGAAUUAGAACCACAACAACUGAAAAUCCAAAUCCUAGUCCUAUUACGGAAUCUCCUGUAGCCAGCGAAUUAUCUACAAGGAAUAUACAGCUUAUCAAAAACGAAACUGAAUCAAAAAUAUCUGAGAGAUUGGCAAGUUUAUUCCGACAAAGAAAUAUAGAAAAUGCGACAAAUUCGACUAGGACUAACAAGCACAGGAGAAGGCGACCUACGACGACUACUACUACAACUACUACGACCACGACUCGAGAGCCAACUUUACCACCAUCUGAGAGAGCUGCGGAAUCUCCUAUUUCUAGCAGCCCUCCAACAACAGCCUAUGCCAGUUUUCUCACUUCGACGUUGCCUCCAACUACAACAGCUUUUAAACCAUUUGUGGUAACUUCUCGCACAUCGUCUGAAUCGAGUUCCAAAACAGUAUUAGUUCCAAGUAGUACUUCAAGAAAUGACAAAGCUGUGAACAAAACGACAGGUGAAGGAAUCGAAGAACCAGCGUCACAGAAUGAAGAGGUGGUAAUAGAGGCUGAGAAAACGUAUACUGCGUCAUACGUUUUAGCUGGUUUAGGAUUUUUACCUGUUGCAGCAAUAGUAGCUUUUGUUCUUAGAAGUGUACUGAAUAAGAAAACCAAAGAAAUUGAUACAGAGUACGAGGGGUACUUUGAAGAUGGGGAUAUAAAGAAAGAGUCACCAAUUACUCCAGUGGCUAGGCCUCCACUGCCAACACCAACGAAGCCCGAUCAGAAAUGGGAGUUCCCAAGAAACAAGUUACGUCUUCAAACUUUACUAGGGCAAGGAAACUUUGGUCAGGUAUGGAAAGCCGAAGCAGAUGAUCUUAACGGACACGAUGGACUGACGCGACUUGUAGCAGUCAAAAGCAUAAAAGAGACGGCCUCGCAGAAGGAGAAGCAGGAACUUCUUCACGAGAUAUACAUCAUGCAGAAGAUAGGAACACAUCCUAACGUUGUGACGUUACUUGCCUGUUGUACUGAACUAGAGCCCUAUCUUCUGAUAAUGGAGUAUGUGAUGUGUGGCAAGCUACUCACAUACCUGCGCGAGCGCCGGUCUCGUCCUGACCGGUUCAGCGGCAGUGGAGCGCUCACCUCCAGAGAUCUGACUGUCUUCGCCUAUUGUUCAACGCCGUAUGCUGCGAUGUCAGGUCGAGAAGUCUUAGCAGCAGUUACAGAAGGCUACAGGCUGGAACGGCCGCCACAUUGCAAGCCGCAGCUGUAUCGAGCCAUGCACUCGUGCUGGCACGCAGAUCCAUCCCAAAGACCCACCUUCGCAGCCCUGAAGUCGCAGCUUGCAGAGCUUCUUGACAAUGAGCCUUCAGAAGGAAACUACGUAGACCUGGACUCCUUUUACCAAGAGUCCUCGGUUUACAGCGACCCGUCGGCCAUUAUUAAUGAUGAUGAAGGUCUUUCGGCAGAGUAUGAUAGGGAGAGGCGGUGCUUUAGAGAGCUCAGCACCGCUCCUGCGAAAUUUGAAAAUCGAGCCUUCAACUUCCGCGAUGAAGAGCUACGAAACAAAUUUGGUAUUGGCACACCGCGGAUGGGAGGCUUCGGGAUCCGAGACGUACCCUUCAAUGACAGGAAUUUCUCCGACGGCGAGUUUAACGAACGAAAUUUCCCGAAAGAAAAUUUCAGUGACACGAAUUUCACUGAACGUAAGGAUGGCAAACUAUCUACUUCUAGUUUUCAUAGAGAGAGGGAACGAGAAAGGGAAAACCCUUUGGUCAGUAGGAACAGCUUUAAUGGCUUUCCAAGAGUAGGUACUAGGGAUAGGGAUAGUCACUUCCAAAUGGCACCUGAUGGGAGAAAUAAGAGGGUACCAGAAUUUGAAUGUGAUAUUUGAACGCAUCGCCAGGGUUGCACUUGAUUGCUGGACGUAAGCACUAAGAGAGUCGUUGUGAUUUUAGCACUACUUGAUAAAGAUGUUAUGGGCAUAACUUAGUUCUGCUAUUAACGGAUUUUGUGGAGAUAGUAGUAAAUUGUUUACUGUGAUGAUGUACGAUAUAUUAUUGCAUAUUGUACAUUUGUAUAUGGAUGGUGAAUUUUUAUACGAUGAUAGCUUUACGUUUUGCUUAAGGUCUCGAAUUUAUGUUUUGAUUAAGGAAUGAUUCUUUGAAGAUAAUGAGAGACUAAAUUAUGCCUGCAAUAUCUUGAUCGAUCACAUUCCGACUAAUUCAGUAGAACUCGACUGAAAUGUAAUUAAUUUGUGUGUUAAUAAUUUUUAGGCAUAAUCCGCCAGACACUAGCACUGAUUUGACAGACACUGUAAUUUUGCACUAGUGUGGAAUCAUGACAUAACAAGUUAGAAUUUCAUACAAACUGAAAUUUUAUAACUUGACAACUAUGUUUAUAUUUGUAAAUAAUUUGUUAAUUUAUAACAGUAUUUUUAUAUUAAUGUAUGCCGUGGUUUCUAUGAAUAUUGUGUAAAUAAAAAAUGUUUUGUAUGUUGUUUAUUGUAUACGUGCUCCAGGUGGUUAGAUUUAAUAUGUACACUUCGCAACUGAUACAGAUUUAUGAAUCUCAAUAAGCUGGCUCUUCAUCAGUAAGUAGUUACAAAUAUGAAUUGAAUAAAGAUGUCUAUUUACUUGACAUUUUUUUGUAUUCAUUAUUUUUUAUACUUAAUUUUUGAUGUUUUAAGUAUCAAAUGUUUAAAUAAAGUUGGAUCAUAAUGGUGCUACACAUUAUAAUGGACCUAUUGUAAAUAUCAGAUGUUAUUUUAUUCAGAUUAUUUUAUUUUUUAUGUUAUUUACUCGCAGUCUUCUGUUUCUCUACUCCAG